CAUACGUUACGCUUUGCGUGUUCAGUCUAGGCACACAAGGUCGUCGCAGCUAGCCGAAAACAUGAUUUCCCUUGCUGCUCGGUCAGGGGCUUUUUCUCCUUACAUGCAAGCUACUGCCUUUGCAGUCGCCGGACCCCUGAAGGCUCUGGUACCCGGGGUCGUCGUGAAAGGAGAGAAGAUCUUGUUGAACCCGAAGAAACAGUUCCUCUGCCGCGAGUCGCUUAACGGUCAAAGCCCAAAGACGGGGCCUGCAGUGACGGUUAGCAUUAACGGCUGUGCAGGAGUCAGAUUUGCCCACACAGAUGUCAGGAUACCAGAUUUCUCUGACUACAGGCGUCCAGAGGUUGUCGACCCCAGCAAGUCGUCCCAGGAGAGCAGUGAAUCUAGAAGAGCCUUCUCCUAUCUGGUCACUGGGGCCACAACCGUUGUGGGUGUCUACGCUGCCAAGACAGUGGUGACUCAGUUUGUUUCCUCCAUGAGCGCCUCGGCUGACGUCCUGGCUCUCUCCAAGAUCGAAAUCAAGCUGAGUGACAUCCCAGAAGGCAAGAACAUGACCUUCAAAUGGAGAGGCAAACCACUCUUCGUCCGUCACCGCACAGAGAAAGAGAUCUCCACAGAAGCUGGCGUGAACAUUGCAGAGCUGCGAGACCCUCAGCACGACAAGGACCGGGUCAUCAACCCCAGAUGGGUCAUUGUCCUUGGGGUGUGCACACAUCUGGGCUGCGUGCCCAUCGCCAACGCCGGAGACUUCGGAGGUUACUACUGCCCCUGCCAUGGCUCGCACUACGAUGCCUCGGGCCGUAUCAGAAAGGGUCCUGCUCCCCUCAACCUGGAGGUCCCCUACUAUGAGUUUCCAGAUGACGACACGGUGGUCGUGGGAUAGAUGACACUCAUCAGACUGAGAUCAUAUCAGCUUUUGCUUUGGCAGCAGCACCGCAGAUGUGUGUGCUAAAGGAAAGGUUGAGGUUUAUUAAUACUGUGUACUGUGUUCAUGUCUCAUUGCUUCUUCCAGCUGCUGAAAAACAGAAAAACUGCAACAUCCGACAGGUAAUUACACUGAUGAGCCUAACUGGACUAAUGACCAGCAUGGGCACCCUGACCAGUCUAAAUCUACGCAGCGCUGUGUGCUGAGUCGUAUUCCCUCUAGAACCAGCAGUUUGUGGUUUCUCCCUACUCAGUAGUGGUCCUUUCCCUGACUGCUGUAGGUUCUGAGCCUAGGACUAGAAGAACUAAUGGUUCACUUAGCGUCUAAUAUAUCUGAGAUCUUAGUACACAGUGGUGUUCGGAGAUAAUUGGUGUCGCCUGUGAGCAGUCAUAAUGUUCUUCCAUAUCAGUGUAUAACUCACAUGUGAUAACAAUAUCUUGCUUAGUGUCACAACUUUCCCACACGACAGCAGAUCUACCAGUGUAGGAAGCCGUAUUGUAUUUAAUGUCAUGCAACCACUGUAAUAACAGAAGCUGGAGCUCCUGUUUCCUUUUACCUCGGGUUUUAAGUUCAUGAAACACAGUAAUAUAGAGUAUGGGGUCUGAGCAGCUGCUUUCCUGAAUAUGACAGAAACAGGCAGAAACACACCAUGUUGUCUACCAUCUACCAGGAACAAAUGUUGCAUUCAGGUGUGGUUAAUAAAGAAUUCUAUUUUAUUUGACAUACUGCA